UAAAUCGAGGUCACGUCUGUUAAUUCAUUAUCAGAAAAAGCCCUGAAUCACAAAGCCAAAAAAAGCCCUAAAGGUAUCUUCUUCUUCGUCUUCUUCUCUUUCAAAGAUCAAGAGAUCGCUGCAUACAGUUCCAUCUUCCUCCACAGCUACAGAUGGUGAUUCCACCGGCAGUAAGGCCACCACGUCUCUUCGACUACCUCAAACCUUACGUGCUGAAAAUGCACUUCACAAACAAGUUUGUUCACGCACAAGUCAUCCACUCACCAACAGCUACAGUAGCUUGCUCAGCUAGCUCGCAGGAGAAAGCACUGAGGGAAACAAUGGACAUCACACGCGACGUUGCUGCUGCUGCAAAGAUUGGUAAGAUUCUUGGGGAAAGACUCUUGAUGAAAGAUAUUCCAGCUAUUACUAUCCAGAUGAAGAAAGAGCAGAGGUAUCACGGUAAAGUCAAGGCUGUCAUCGAUUCCGUAAGAGAAGCUGGCGUCAAGUUGCUUUGAGGAUUGUUCAAUAAU